AUGUGUACAGUACCACAGAUGCGCAAAGAACAGAUGAGGGCCAGAAUGAUUAACAGCAUUCAUGUAAAGCUUUUGCAUUUGCCGGUAAAAAAUUAUUAUUGUUCUCAAACUCAAGAACAGUAAAAAAAAUGCACUUUUUUUCUUUUGCAGAUGUCAGUGCAAGGAAGAAUUUUCCUUGGAUUAAUUUUGGUGACAGUGAGGACAGUUGAAGGCAAGCAAAAUUAUGAUUCGUUUGUAUUUUUCUCUUGUAAGGUUUUUUCCUCCUUUGUUUUGUAGUCAUAACAAGGCAGCUUGGGUCUAGAACAAAAUAAUUCAUUAGAACUGAGGUGUUUGUAUGGCCAAUCACAUUAUUUUGAGUGCAGUUGAUAAUAAAUGUGCACCAAUAAAUUUGUCGUUGACAAGCAAAAUGCUGGGGAUAAAUUGACACGCUGUUAGCCAAUUGAAAUGCAGAGAUUGUUGUUAUACAUUUAUAUAUAACAACAUUACUCCAUGUGUGCUUAUUUUCUUGUAACAUGAUGUACAUCAGCCGCUACCAUAAUCUGUCUGGGAAAUCUAUCAAACAAAAACCAUAUUUCAUUUUAUAAGAUCUUCACGUAUUACCAACCUUUUUUAUUGUUUCCUUCAAAAAGUUGUAAGAUAAUCUAGGACGGGUUACUCCGUCCAUUCAGAUAGGUUCAAUUACUAAAUAGCGAGUCCUUCCUUGCUAGCGUACCUUUCAGAACCUUGCCGUAAACCAAACAAGCUUCUUAAUUAAGCACAAUUGAAUCAAUCCAAAACUUCAUUAAUCAUUUAAAUAAUAGUUACUUAAUUCCCCUUAUUCUAGAAACACAACGUCGACAAAUGUUAUGCUUUCAACUAUAACUAUGAGCGGAGAGUUUGUUCUCAACGGUUGCGUUUGUUUGCCUCUUUGUGAGUCUCUAUGUUUGUCAACCAAUCAAAAUGCAACUGAUUUCCUUUUUUUUCUGCAUUGGUUUACCUCUUUACCAAUGGCGCUACUUUUUAAAGAACUGAUACUCAGACAAACAAAAUGAAAUAGUUAUUAACGAAUUCCUCUCGUUUGUUUGGCUUUUGUCAUAAACAUAUUUUUUUUUUACUCAUUAAAAUAACAAAAGUGACAAAAGUCAAAAAAAUGUUGCAAAUUAGUUAAGCGAUCUGUUUAUCAUGAAUGAUCACUAUUAAUAGAGCCGGUACGUUUACAAAAAAAUACCUAAAUACACGAUCGAUCAUGACAUGACUUUAUUGCAAAUCAUCAUCAGCCGAUAUAAUAUCCCAAAAAAAUCAAUUCUCAUCUGAUGCUACGGAACCGAAGACAAUUUUCAUUUGUAAAAAGAUUUUGAGCGUCCCAAGUUAGCCUGUCAAGGGAGUAUAAAAUUUGUGGGAUUUUUAACAUUGAUUUUCGCACAUUUAUUUGCAGUUGUUCAACCGUGUUUGUUUUCUGUUAAUGGCUCCAGUGGGUUCAUCAGCUCCAGUGUACAUGGAGUCCGUUGUACAUGGAUCAUCACUGUACCAUCUAACCACACCGUCAAACUGAAAUUUACGAUAUUUCGUCUACCUCAUGAUCCCUGGUGGGGUCAAGCUAAGAUCCAGGUCCAUGACGGAAAAGGGAAAAGUGAUACUGUACUGGGAAUUUUUUCAGGGGCAAGACUGCCCUUCAUCAUACAAACAAGUGGUCGGUUCAUGAUGUUUACUUUACAAAACUCGUAUAUGGUCACCCCCCGUAACUUUAAGGGAACUUUUAUAGGUUCAAGAAAAGGUAAGCGAAAGUAAUUAGAUAUUAAUAAGAGAAUGAGAACCGCCUAAAAAUGCUAAUUAGCUCAUGAUACUCUCGGACGUCGCAACUGAUGUGGAAUAACUGAAUGCGUCUCAAAAGCGAUGACAAUUUUUCAUACCUUCAAGUAAAUUAAUAAAUUAAAAUUAUAUUAAAAAUGUUCUUCUGAUUGUGACAAUUAAAGCCUGUCACCGUUCAAUACUGCAUAAAGAGGAAAGCUUAACGAAAGAAAAACUGUAAAACAGAGGAAUAUUUUACAGAGCAGUCAUCGAUAAAGAUAAAUAAAUAAAUUUUACACUCUAAGGAAACAUUUAAAAGAAUACUUUGGUAACGAAGUUUUCUUUCAAAUUUUGAAACUACUCCUUUAACAUAAUUAUUUCCUUUUACUUUUCCCGGUAGCUCAAUUUAAAUCAAGUGAUAAAGAUGUAAUGUAGCUUGUUAUUUAUUGACAUAAGCAAAGCUAUGUAACGAUACGCACGCGUACAGAACCGUAAGUAUUCUCGAUUCAAAAAUUAUACUCAACGUGGAAUGUGGUGGAGUGCAGAAUGACGAAAACACGGAAAUGGCGAGGGCUACAUAGUAACGUAGACCUUACAAAUCAAAAAAGUUUUGUUUUAUUUUUUCCCAAGAAAAAAAUUAAAGAAAAACGAUUAAGAUGUUAUUCCCUCUUGAUCAGUAACACUUAAUCCUUCCUCUGAUGGUCUCGUUAAAAUUGAAUGAAUGAAAGAAAAAUUGAAUGCGAGAAAUGUAGCGUAAAUGUAGUACACCAAGGAAACCUUUGCUUUUCAGAAAUAACCAACUGUGACCAAAACAACAAAAAUACAUAAUUCCAUUCAACUACUGGCCCCGCGGCCUUACUUGAAGGUGCUUUCACAGUUCAUACAUCAAAGCAUUGACUCCAGAAAACGUUGUCAUGUAAACAAACCCCUAGCCUGAAGUGCACAUUUGCUGUCAAAAACUUUCUGGGAAGUUGUAGGAGUAAAAUUUUAUAGUACCGUUAGAUCAAACUUCAAGAAAACUGACCGUUUAUUGGUAUAUGAUGUUAAACUUAGUUUAAAUGCGCAAAGAUUUGAUGACGCGAUUCAAAUCAAGUAUGUGAUAUCAUAAAUGCAGCUCCCCUGUAUUCUUUCUAUCAGUCCUUACUGACUAUCAGUUGAUUUUUUCCCGAGUUUGUAAAGUGGGACGUUUUACAACAAUGUGAGAUAGUAUUGAAACGCUUAAAUUUCAAAAGGAUGGCCUGAAACGAUAACACCAGGCAUGUCUGACUUACGGAAAACCAAUUUCAGUUACAGUGUAAAUUAAAAGUAUACCCUUACUUAUCUCAAACGUCGAACUCACGAAUACCCUCCAAUCUAGCUACUAAAAUUCUUGAAUAUCGUUUAGCGUGAUGUUCUACAAGAGAGUAAUAACUUAUCUUUUGGGAGUCUUAUUAGACUUAAUCAACUCUAAUUUAAUUAACUUGCAACCUGAUAUGACUUGAAAUCGGGACAUCUUAAAACCUGCUAAAUUUUCUUUUUCAGAAAAGCCGAGGAUUAGGGUACCGUUGAAGGAGUUGCGAACUGUACCAGAGCAUUAUCUCUGGUUUCUGCUGGAAGGUACCCCACCGAUUAACUUGACUCUAAUGAAUACAUCAACAUCUUUGAAGGGCGGUUUGGUCAUAAAAGGAUUCCAACUAAAUCGGACGGGUACCUACCAAUACACUCUACUGGCAGAAAAUGAAGAAGGAAGUGAUUCAAAAACGGUUGAAGUAACCGUUGUGGGUAAGGAUUCAAUACUGUUAAAUUUCUUUUCAAUGUAGAUAAUUUUAAUUAAUAAUUGUUAAAACAAUUAUAGUAGUUUGCACAAACACUGGUGUUGGAUUUUGUUCUCAUUUUAUUCGUUGGUGAUUCGCUUCCAUUCGGUGAAAAAAGAAAUGCAAGAAUAUUUAGACUAGUUGCCCUUGUACAUGUUUCGCCAUUAUUUUGAACACGGGUAAUUUGUGUCCAUUAAGGUUUGUAAACAAAAAAAGAUUUACCAAAAUAUAGAAAAUUUGGGUUUUAUCCUUGGUCAAUGAGCACACAUGAAAACUGGUUAUUGACUUUUAAUAAUGCAUAUCGACGUGUAUCGCUCUCUUGAAAAAUUCCCCUACAAAUUGCCUCAUUCAAGCGUCUAUUCCUUUUGCAGAUUGCAAGCAUUUGUGUCACAGUACAGGUUCGAUUACACGUUUUGGCCAAUUAACCAACGAACACGACUGUAGAAGAAGCAACAUAACAAAUAACUGGAAUUGCAUUCCAACUACAGCCACUAAAUUGUAAGUGUAUUUUCUACUUUACCUUAAAUUAAUUGGCCUAUUGUUUUCUUAUUUUACAACUUUGGACCCCUAUUUACGUUUUGUUAGACUAUCAAAUGCUCCAAAAUGAUCCCAAAAGAAAUUAAAUAUUUUCUCACUACUACUAUUUUUAUUUUAACGAGAAAAGAACGUAGCUUUCUAGUUAUGAGCGCUUUUGAAACUGACGAUCAACCUGGGACUUUAAUUAAUUUCAAAUGAGCGCGUAUAGAAUGCGAAACUUGCCCUUUCAUUCACAAUGUAACUGAGAAAUUUUUACGCAUUCAUCUUCUUAAACGUUAUCUAAAGCUGUGGCACGCUAUUGAAUAAGAUGCACAUGGGUCAAUCAGUGAGAUUACAGGGCGACAAAUGUGGAAUUCAUCAAAACCUGAUGCUAGCUCUUUCAACCUUCCGUAUUGUUCUGAUUGUUCAAGCCACCGUGAACACAUUCAAGGUUUUUUUUUACACCAAGGAAUCACAGAGCUUUGUAAAACCUUCGUCUUUUAAAUCGCGGGCGCUCAAAUUCUCCACCAAAUCAAUAAUAAACGCCGUUCUAUCGACUAAUUUAUUUAUUUAUUUUUACACUUUGUCAUGUUCGCGGCCUCCAAUAUCGUUGCCUUUACACACCCACAUGCAAACACAUUCUCGAAUCCCUUGAUUCGAUCAAACGAAGGGCUUGCGCUCAAAACGUCUGCUUUUCAAUACUUUUACGGUUCUAAAACUGACUUAAGGCCAUGUGGAACAACUAUCUAUGAGGCAAAUUUUGCUUGUGCUUCAUCUUUCAAAACGCUUAUAUGUCGGCUCUCUUAGAGGCGAUUUAGAUGUGAUUUUGCAGAGACGUUAUGAAAUGAUGGAAGUUUAGGAGAAAUGUUUCUUUUUUCGGUAGAUCGCUAGAUCGCGCUUUACAGCGAUUGAAAGUCACAGUUGUCCAAACUAGGAAAUCGUGA